UAUAUACGUACCGCAUAUUGGGAAUGUCAUAUUUACACUGACAAAACCAUUCAACCCCUUGAUUGAUGUUUUAAUGCUCAUAAUAAUUAACAUCAUCAACAUGUGACAAAGUGUUUGCAUUGCUUUCUUCUGUGGUGCCAAUCAACUUAUAAUUAAGAACGGUGCUUUUUCACCACUCUGUGUUGCUGUACACGGUGCGUACCGUGCCACUAACUACCGAUUCCGUGACGAAACGUCAUCUCGCAAACUUCGAGUCUCGCCAACCAAUUUUCGGAAACAAAACGUUCAUAAGUCUAUGAGGAGGGUCUAUCUACAAUGAAACCUGGCCUCCAAUAAAUAAAGCGAUAUCAGCAUUAUGCUCUCGCCGUCAACUCUGUGAAACAAUCAUGGAGAUACCAGGCAAGAUGUCCGUCAUCGCUCCGCCACGUCGCAAACACGCCAAAAACUUUAAAUGUCUGUUCUGCUUUUUGUGUGUGGUUGCAGUAACGACGUCCGUGUGGACUUGGUACCACGGUGAAUAUGCAGUCGCAGACAUCAGGAAUAGGCCUACACAUCGUACUAUUAAAGUGAAGCAAGUGAAACAAGGAUUAUCCUCAAGUUUUUCACGCCAGAAUAUUACAAUGCCCGUGAUGAAGUCUGCCAACAUUACAGUGAACAAUUCUUCCAAAACACCCGUACCAGUUAUCAUAAGCAAACCAUUGACGAAAAAACCGAAAGAGAUUCUGCCAUGUCCGCAGCUGUCAGACAUACCCAGCCUCAUUAAAAAAAGAACUAUGAAUCUAAGUGAAGAACUGCAAAUAAGCAACGCAGAAAAUAUCAUUAUGGGAACAGAACUAAGCAGUAUCCAGCAAGCCGUGAAUGGAAGCACAAGUCUGAUUCACCACAGAGCUAGGUUCAACUCUACGGGUAAAAACUACAUGGAGAGUCUCUCGGCGUACGGCAAAACUGUUGGUAAAUACCGCUGGUUUCCCGGAGGAAUCUGGCAACCAGCGAACUGUAAAGCAAGAUGGAAGGUUGCCAUACUGAUACCGUACAGGGAUCGAGCUCAUCAUGUCCCCAUUGUUCUACGCUAUUUGAUACCAUUGCUUCAAAAACAAUUGCUCUCAUUUGCUUUCUUCAUAAUCAAUCAGGGUAAUUCGUUACUAUUUAACCGUGCCAUGUUGCUGAAUGUGGGUUACCUCGAAUCUCUCAAGUAUGACGAGUGGGAUUGUUUCAUCCUGCACGAUGUGGACCACGUGCCCCUGAGUGAAAUAAAUAAUUACGGCUGCGAAAACAUGCCAAGAAGACUAAUCUCUGGAGCAGACAGGUGGAACUACAGCCUUGAGUAUCCGUCUUUCUUCGGAGCUGUUACUGGAUUAACAAAAGAAAACAUUCAACAAAUCAAUGGUUUUCCAAACGUCUAUUGGGGCUGGGGAGGAGAGGAUGACGACAUCCUAAAACGUCUUAAAAUAGCCGACAUUAAAGUUCACUACGCCAGAGGAAAAAUAGGAUAUUAUAAUGUGAUUAAACACCACCAUGACAGUGCGCCUAAACAGCCUGAAAGACACAAAUUACUUAGGGACGCAGGACUACGGCUCAAGAAUGACGGUCUGAAAAACUUGGAGUACAAAUUGCAGAACAUAGAACUUCACGCGCUCUAUACAAACAUUUCUGUUGAUAUAUGGAAACUAUAGGACUACGCUGAGCUCCAGUGGGUUCUACUUAUUCUGGAAUUUGUAGGUAAUUAUUUUUUAUUAUGGAGAUAAAGGCGUGAUGAGAAGAAGUUUUUUGGGGGCGCGGAAUUGAGCAUUCAAGUCGCUGUGGCCAUCCCAGUAGAAGAGCAAGAUUGACCAGCAAUCGACAAUUGGGGGCGCCAUACCAAUCCUCCAGCAGUCAAAGCCGACAGCUUUGCCUCCGAGCCCGGUGUGGCG